AUGGAAGAGUUAAAGUCUAGUAUUAAAAGUGAGGUUAUCGAGUAUUUAGGGGUUCAAAUAGAUAAAUUAGAUGCUAAUAAAUUAUCUAAUGAAACUAUAUCUACUUUUAUAAUAAAACCCAAGACACAACAGGAAAGCAAAGUUACAAAGAACGAAAUGUUGAGGAAAAUUAACCCUGUCGAAUCUAAUUUAUCUUUGAGGAAAACAAAAAAUGCGAGUGGAGGGGCCGUUGUGGUAUGUUGUAAAGAUGAUGUGGACUCCAAUAAAUUUAAAGAACUUGCUACAUCAAACUUAUCAAAUGAUUAUGAAAUCAAAGAAGUUUCUACCCUAAAUCCCCGCGUCAAGGUGGUCGGUAUGACAGAAAAACUUGAGGAAGAAGAACUAUCUGAUCUGAUAAUUGCGCAAAAUAAAAAUCAAAUUAACAACUCAACCAACUGUAAAUUGAUAUCUAUUAGUCCGACUCGAAAAAACUGUAACGUGUAUCAAGCUAUACUUCAAGUUGAUAUUAUUACUUACCAUAAAUUGAUUAAUCAGGAAAAUGUUCUGAAAGUCACAAAUUAA